AUGUUUGAAGAUCUUCCUGAACGAUGUGAUCUUGGCUCGGAUUAUGAUGUCUCCUAUUCUGACGGAGUGCUUACAAUCAAUUUUGGACCUCGACAUGGAACAUAUGUUCUGAACAAACAAACCCCAAACAAGCAAAUAUGGUUGUCAUCUCCAAAAAGCGGCCCCAAGCGGUAUGACUACGAUCUUUCACGUGGUUCCUGGACCUAUCGUCAUGAUCAAAGCGAUCUAUUUAACCUUCUUUCAAGUGAAAUUUCAGAAAUCCUAAAAACUGACAUUGUAUUUGAAAAGCCUUAA